AUGUCCCUGAGUUGGAGAUAUAAAGCACCUGUUUCUCGUUUGAAUCAUCAGUCGCUCAUCAGAUACCAGCUCGUGAACAAAGCACAACUAUCCAACAUGUUGAAGAUUCUCACCCUGAUUGCCUGUCUGGCAAUUGUGGCCUCAGCCCAGUACCAUGGAGAACCCGAGCACAAGGAACACUACGCACACCCCAAGUACAAGUUCGAGUAUGGCGUCAAGGAUCCCCAUACCGGUGAUCACAAGAGCCAGUGGGAAGUACGCGAUGGUGAUGUCGUCAAGGGAGCAUACACCCUGCACGAGGCCGAUGGAACCGAGCGUGUGGUCGAGUACAAGUCGGACGGUCACAACGGAUUCGAGGCUGACGUGAAGAAGGUCGGACAUGCCCAUCACCCACAGGGUGCAAGCUACGUCAAUGUCGACAAACACUACUAA